CGGCCGCACCGGCACGCAAAGUCGUUUCCACAGGUUUCCCCAUGGCCCGUCUAGGAUUGCACAAAAAGGAGCCGUGAGCUGGAUGAACGCGUGGUGUUGUGGAGGGGCUGCCCCCUUGUCUGGUGGCCAAAAGGGGCAGGACCUCCCAGGGCAGCGGCUGCAAAAGUGACUUUUUUUCUCUCCGCUUUGCAGCCUCCUCCCUCCUGCCAUCGCAAGGCCCCUCUCUCACAGCUCUCCUCCAGCUGCUGCUGUUGGCCGAGUCCUCUGCGGAGCCUCUGCCAGCCCCUACGCUCUCCACAGACCCCACCUAUCAUUUCUACUAUGAAGGGGAACGCGUCGCUCUCAUAUGCUUGGCUCCGACAAAGAAGAAAAUCGGCGGAUUUCGCUUCUUCAAUCAAACCGGGGAGGAAAUUGACCUGCCAGCACCUUCCUCCAUCCCGACUGCCAAGCUCCAUCUCACAGCUACAAACGCAUCUGCUGGGGACUACACGUGCAUGUACUUCCUGGAGGAGUCGGGACAAGAAAUUCCUUCCAGUAGGAGCCUCCCCCUUUCACUGAGGGUUCAGGCAGCUCCCAUGGCCCCAGCUUUGUCCCUGGAUCCUCAGCAGCAGGUCUAUGGAUCUGAGAACUCCAUCAAGCUACUCUGCUCCAUCCCCUCGUCCCCAGAUGAUGUGAGAGAAGUCCAGUACUAUGCGGACUUUGGGCUUGCAGUCUCCAUCCCGGUGUCGAAUGUGACCAGCUACAGCUACGACCUCAGGCUCGCAGGAAAGGAUCUCUCUGGGUCUUACAGUUGUGCCUACUUUGUGAUUCAGUCUAGACGCCCCGUUCGCUCAGAAAGGAGCCGCUGGAUCAAGGUCAAUACGAAAAUGCUCCACACCCAGAGGCAGCAGAUGUCCAACAGCAGCUCCAUCACACAGUUCCUCCUCCUGGCGUUCACAGACACGCGGGAGCUGCAGCUCCUGCACUUCUGGCUCUCCCUGGCCAUCUACCUGGCUGCCCUCCUGGGCAACGGGCUCAUCGUCACCGCCAUCGCCUGCGACCACCGCCUCCACACCCCCAUGUACUUCUUCCUCCUCAACCUCUCCCUCCUCGACCUGGGCUCCAUCUCCACCACUCUCCCCAAAUCCAUGGCCAAUUCCCUCUGGGACACCAGGGACAUCUCCUACGCAGGAUGUGCUGCACAGGCCUUUCUGUUUCUCUUUUUGAUAUCAGCAGAGUUUUAUCUCCUGACGGUCAUGGCCUACGACCGCUACGUGGCCAUCUGCAAACCCCUGCACUACGGGACCCUGCUGGGCAGCAGAGCUUGUGCCCACAUGGCAGCAGCUGCCUGGGCCACUGGGUUUCUCAAUGCUCUGCUGCACACGGCCAGUACAUUUUCACUGCCCCUCUGCCAUGGCAAUGCCCUGGGGCAGUUCUUCUGUGAAAUCCCCCAGAUCCUCAAGCUCUCCUGCUCAGACACCUACCUCAGGGAGGUCGGGGUUACUCUGGUUAGUGCCUGUGCAGCAUUUGGGUGUUUUGUUUUCAUUGUGCUGUCCUAUGUGCAGAUCUUCAGGGCUGUGCUGAGGAUCCCCUCUGAGCAGGGACGGCACAAAGCCUUUUCCACGUGCCUCCCGCACCUGGCCGUGGUCUCCCUGUUUAUCAGCACUGCCAUGUUUGCCUACCUAAAGCCUCCUUCCAUCUCCUCCCCACCCCUGGACCUGGUGGUGGCAGUGCUGUACUCGGUGGUGCCGCCAGCAAUGAACCCCCUCAUCUACGGCAUGAGGAACAAGGAAAUCAAGGAUGCUUUAUGGAGAGUAAUCCAAUGGAUGCUGCUUCACUGA